UCGGUUGCAAAAGAGGACUUUCUCGUAGUCCUUUCGCGUUUUUCUUUCAACAGGCACUAGUGGCACCGAAAAAUAAAUAGUCAGAAAACUAAUCCGUUUGAAACUGUUGUUUUUGUUACCUUGUUAUUAACUAAGUUUACGUUAUUGCUUUCGUUUGUUAAUAAUAAUAGUGUAAAGGUUGUGUGCCCCGUGGCGAACAUCGUCGUUUGCGCGUGAAAGAUGUUAGACCUAUUUACGAUAUUCACCAAGGGUGGCAUCGUACUAUGGUGUUUCCGUAGCACGAACCAACUUUUCGGACCAUCCGUAAACGCACUCAUCAAAGGCGUUAUUCUACAGGAACGCUCCGGAGUGUACGAUCACGAUGGGCUGUCGCUUCAGUACAAGUUGGACAACGAGUUCGAACUCGUCUUUGUAGUUGCAUUCCAGAAGAUCCUUCAAUUGGCGUACGUCGACAAGUUCCUAAGCGAUGUACACCUGGAGUUUCGGGACAAGUACAAGAACGAUCUGCGAGUAGACAGUCGGAACUAUGGCGAUUUUGAUUUCAGUGCCGACUUUCGGCGGAUUCUUGAGCGGGCGGAGAAGUGGGGUCGACAGCAGGCGACCAUGCCGAAGCAGAUGCGCAGUUAUGAGGAUUCGGCAAAGUCGAAGAAAACGGUUGCCUCCAUGAUAGAGCGCAAGGGUGAAGAGAAACCGGCUGGUAAAAAGUCGGUGAAGAUCGUUGAGAAAAAGAAACCGGACGAAGAGGAGGUGGAUUAUCUUCCUUCCUCCCCGAAAGCCGAAGCAACAAAUGGGGCCGGUGCUGGAGGAGCUGACGUUCUGAUUCUCGAGAGUCGAAAGAAGCUGGCCGAGAAGAUGCUCGGCAAGGGCAAGAAACCGGAGAAGCAAAAAUCUCCCAAGUCGCCCCAGCAACAGAAAUUGGGUAAACAGAUGCGCGUGUGGGAUUUGGGCGGAAACACCAAGGACCUACCGAAUCUGGACCGCUCGAAGGACCGUCCAGAGGACAUGCGAAGCGAUUUUACUGCGAAUGAUCAGAUGAUUGGCAGCAUGAAGGGAGGUAUUCAAGAUCUGGACGUCGAUUCGGAUAGCGACAACUAUUCCGAAGAGGAAGACGAUGAGGUGGAGGAGUAUGCUGGCGCAGCUAGCAAAAAGCAAACGAGUGGUACGCGUGGUGGAAUGUUCUCCAUGUUCAAGGGACUGGUCGGGUCGAAGAAUCUUUCCCGGGACGACAUGCAACCCGCGUUGGAGAAGCUCCGCGAUCAUCUGAUUGCGAAGAACGUUGCGGCCGACAUUUCGCAGAAGCUGUGCGAGUCAGUCGCCAACAAGCUGGAGGGUAAGGUGAUUGGAACGUUCGAUACGAUCACGACCACGGUCAAAAACACGCUCACGGAAGCACUCGUCCAGAUACUGUCGCCCAAACGGCGUGUCGAUAUCCUGCGCGACUGCCUCGAAGCGAAACGCGCUGGACGCCCAUUCGUGAUGAGUUUCUGUGGUGUCAACGGUGUCGGCAAAUCGACAAACCUGGCCAAGAUCUGUUUUUGGCUGAUCGAGAACAACCUGAGCGUACUGAUCGCGGCCUGCGAUACCUUCCGUGCCGGUGCGGUGGAGCAGCUGCGUACACAUAUGCGUCACCUGAACGCGUUACACCCACCGGAGAAGCACGGGGGUCGCAGCAUGGUACAGCUGUACGAAAAGGGUUACGGCAAGGAUGCGGCCGGUAUAGCAAUGGAAGCGAUACGGUAUGCGAACGAAAGUCGCAUCGAUGUAGUGCUGAUCGAUACGGCGGGACGGAUGCAGGACAACGAACCGCUAAUGCGUGCCCUCGCGAAACUGAUCAAAGUCAACGAACCGGAUCUGGUGCUGUUCGUCGGGGAGGCCCUCGUCGGUAACGAGGCGGUCGAUCAGCUGGUAAAAUUCAACCAGGCACUUGCCGACUACUCUUCCAGCGAUAGGCCGCACAUCAUUGACGGCAUCGUGCUGACGAAGUUCGACACGAUCGACGACAAGGUGGGAGCGGCCAUCUCGAUGACGUACAUUACCGGCCAACCGAUCGUUUUUGUCGGUACAGGUCAAACGUACACCGAUCUGAAGGCACUGAACGCUAAGGCUGUCGUGCAUGCGCUGAUGAAGUAGAGCCAUUGUCGUCCAUCCGAUAAUCACAAAUUCCACAAGAAACAAUCCAUUCUUAAUCCUCCAUCCCACGUGUAACUAGUCACAUCCAUCCUUGGCAAAGAAACAUUGUCAAACACACAGCAACAUGGCGUAUAGCGCGACAUAAAACAUUAAAAUCUUUCGUGGCGCACUCGUUCCAUUGAUAAUACUGGCAUCAAAGCAAAAACACAUAGGGGCAGCUGCCACAGAGUAAUCGACCAGCAACAGAGUACAUCAAUGAAUUUAUACAGUAUGGCUUCGGGAUUUAUGGGUAUUGGAAAAGUUGUAUAAAGAAAAUUUAAAAAAACUGAAAAAUAUAUUCCUUAAUGCA